AUGAAGCUUGUAUACAUCGGGAUCAUCAAGAAUGAGGAGCGGCCCGCCGUCGAGUUGUGCGCGGAGCGCGACCUCACGAGCGUCAAUCGGUUCACGAGAUCGACCAUCGGCGAGUUCAUGACUAUGUUCAGCAAGACGGUCGCGGAAAGGACUAGGCCUGGGCAAAGACAGGACGUUGAGGAGCAAGGCUACACUUUCCACGCAUAUGCUCGAGCAGAGGGUGUCUGCGGAAUUAUCAUUACUGACCAGGAGUACCCGUCGCUGGUGGCACAUCAAGUGCUCUCGAAGACCGUGGACGAGUUCCUGACCAAAUACCCGCGAUCCGCCUUCAUCGACGCCACCGAGUUACCAUAUCCCCAGCUCAAAGAAUACGUCGAGAAAUAUCAGGACCCAAAGAACGCCGACAGCUUGAUGAAGAUCCAGAAGGAGCUGGAUGAGACCAAGAUCGUGCUGCACAAGACUAUUGAGAGCGUGCUGGAGCGUGGAGAGAAGAUCGAUGCGUUAGUAGCUAAGAGCGAUGGAUUGAGCGCACAAAGUAAGAUGUUUUAUACCAAGGCAAAGAAGCAGAACUCUUGCUGUACAGUCAUGUAG